GAUAGACCCACAUUUCCGGAUGGUGUUCUUGUUUCAGGAAGUGGCAUCUUCUAACUUCAUCAGAGAGUUCAGCAUGCGACAGCCCAGGAUGCUGCAGUUUCUGAAAGAACUGGAGGAGGCUGCUGUUCAGUUAGACAGGAUGAGGAAAGGGGCAAAGAUCUCCAGUGUGGCAGGCAGCUCAGUGGGGGCGGUUGGAGGCGUGCUUUCUAUUAUUGGUUUGGCGUUAAUUCCUGUCACAGCUGGAUUGUCUCUAGCACUAACAGUGACUGGGAUCGGGAUGGGAAUCACCAGUGGAGUCAACAGUAUUGUCACCACUGCCACAGAGAUCAUAGUUAAUAGUAAACACCAAAAGAAAGCCAAUGCAAGUCUCCAGAGUUUCAUGGAGGAUGUGCAGAGUCUCCAGGAUUGUCUGGGGGAGGCCACCAGUCAGCCAAUCACUGAUGUGGAAAUAAGUGAGAUAAAUGUGGCUGAGGAAGCUGUCAAGGUGUUUAAGGAAUCUUGUGCUGUUCAACAACUGAUGACUGCACUUGUUAUUGCCUCUGCAGCUGAGAUGUUAAAAAGUGAAAAUCUGGUUGCAAGUGCUGGUCAGGUGGUGGCCCAGGAAGCUAAUGUGUUGCGUAACGUGCCCAGGGUGGCCUCAGACAUCCCAGAUAUCGGUCAGGCAGCAGUCAAAUGAUGACUUGCUCUCUCCCAGUCAGCAAGGGCAGGGUUCAUCACACUCAAUGCUCUUUUCAUUGGCAUGGACAUCUUCUUCAUCUGUAAAGACAGCAUCAGUCUGGCCAAAGGCAGCGAGACUGAAGUGUCACAGUUCAUCAGAGCCAGAGCUGCACUGUGGAGCUCUGAGAUGGACUCUUGGCAGAAGAUCCAUGACUCUCUGAGUGAGGGCCUGCUGACAUCAGAGAAAAAGCAGGGUGUCCUGGAGACACCAUUUUAUCUAAAGAUUGAGAAAAAGAAAUUCUAGACUUGUGUUUAGUCAUACUGUAUGAAAAUGACUUAAGAGCAAAAUAUUAUACUGAAUACAUUCAAUGCAAUCUGUAUCACUCAGAUUGGAUAUAGGAUUCAGGGCCUGCUGACAUCAGAGAAAAACCAGGCUAUCUUGGACUUGCCAUGUUAUCUGAUGAUGGAGAAGAAGAAACAAAUUGAAGCAGAAACAGAAAUGGAAAUUCCUUCUGAUGAAGUAUCAAACAAAACCUGAAGGAAAAAGAGCUUUGUGUGAUACAGUAGUGCUCAGCAAAGAAGUAGUGUGUUUGUGGCAACUGCAACGCUGUGAUCAGAUGUUAGAUCAAUUUUAUGGAAAUGAACAACGUAUGAAAGUUCACAUCAAUUCAUCAGUAAACAUUAAUA